UCGUCACUGUGUGGAAUAAAGCGCCGUUAGUGGUUAAACAAACGUGCCAAACGUGCGACCACUUCAGAGGCUUCACAGUCGGCCGGCUGCAAGUUUGAUGAGGGAGGUGACCCAAUUUAGUGGAGCUUCAUCGUGCUCUGCAGCGUGGCACACUCAAAAUGUCAAUAACUAACAGCUGCUUUACCGUUGGAGGUUCAAAAACAUUGUCCUAUACCGCACCUUUCAAUCAAAAGCUUGGUUUAUUGGCACGUUUAUCGACAGCCCCGAGUGGUGAAGAUUGCAAGCCUGGAUAAGGGCGGCAGGCCGCCCGUUAGGAGCAUUUAAGUAAUCGAUUCUCAGUGUAGAAGGCACGCGUCUCACGUCGUUUGAAAAAAUGAGCUCGACUUAAUGGGCGGUUAGUCGGACAUUAGCAAGAACAGCACAGCUCGUUUCAUUCUAUAUCCCUUCUAAUGGAUUCAUUCAACUCAGAAAAACUACUGCUAGGGUUCUUAGGGUGGAGUGAGGUCUCUGGUGUACGGUGGAGAUCGCCAAACCGAUCAGUUUCUCCCCCGAGCCGCACUUCAAGCGGGCUGAUUGGGCCAAAGCUAUUAACCUCUGCAUAAAACAGGGGGUUGGGUUAUAUUUUCCUCCACAUUGUCUGAAGCAAGCAAUAGAAGCAAUUGUUGAUGUAUACGGUGGGUCAUUUGGUGCUAGAAUACAAAACAAUGCAGCACUUCUCCCGUUUAAGAUUGACAACUUUGAAGCAUCGCUCGAGGUCUCGAGACAACUUCGCAAGCUGAAAUUGGCGACGCAACGUGAUCGUAGCGUUAAGUGUGGCCCACGAUGGGAACGAAUGGGGAUGACUGUUCGUUACUCCCACGCGACUAACUCCAUUAGUCGUUGUUCUACAGGCACGCACAAGGGAGCAAUUGUGACACUGGUUCCGGGGGGAGUAAAGUUCAACCAGUUCAGCUCAAGGUUCUUUUUGAGUGUUUAUUUUUUGUGAGCGAUCGCGUGCUCAAUAUUCUGUCAUCUGGCGGACAGAACAGUUCAUUUCGCUUGUUGUUUGUACCACCUGUACCACCGUAGGUUAUCUUAUCCACUGUUUAAUCAACAAAAAGGGAAGUAAUUGUAGUUGGUGCGGUGAAUGGUAUCUGUCCCAUUGUUUGACGCGGCCGGACCCCAUUCCCCGAUUCGAUGGGAACGGAGACCUCACAGUCGUCGAAGUUUAAGGUGAAAAAGCAAAUCCUAAUACCGCCCCGAAAGUACAGAGCGUGUCGUUUGUGGCAGGGUCCCCAGAUUGUGCGCAGAAUGCCGGAACCGGAGGGAGUGAUCCAUCAGCUGUACAUGGAGCGGCAGCUCCCACCCAAGGUGGCCGAAGUCGCUCGUACGCAGGGCGAAGAUCCGGACCGAACGAGCCUAAUGAUCGAGGAGCUGCGUGAUAUGAUUUAUGAAAAGGGCGAAUGCAUUCCGCACCGCAUCGACGACGACUAUCUGAUAAAGUUUCUGCGCGCUCGGUUCUGGAAUGUUCAUCAUGCGUACAACCUGAUGGUGCGCUACUACGCGUUCCGGGAAAGCAAUCCCGAGUUCUACGAGAACGUCAAUCCGAUGGCGCUGCGUUCGUUGGGUGAUGACGACAUUAUCUCGAUCUCGCCCUACCGCGAUCAGGAGGGUCGGCGGGUGAUUUGCUUCAAGUUUGGCAAGUGGCGCCCGUCCAAGAUACCGAUUGUGGAUCUGUUCCGGGCGACGAUGCUGCUGCUGGAGGUCGGUUCGCUCGAACCACAGUCGCAGGUGCUGGGCGGAAUUGGGAUUAUGGAUCUGGAGGGACUUACGCUGAACCAUGCGUGGAAUCUGACGCCCGCCGUUGCCCAGAAGAUGCUGGCCCUGCUGGCCACUAGUAUGCCGCUGCGGACGAGCCAGAUACACAUCGUCAACCAGGGCUGGGUGUUUGAUACGGCGUUUCAAAUCUUUAAACCCCUGCUGACGGACAAGAUGCGGCAGCGGCUGUUCUUCCACGGUACGGAUCGGGCCUCGCUGCACAAGUACAUUGAUCCGGAGGCGCUGCCCGAGCGGUACGGUGGAACGAAGCCGGAGUAUCCGUACACGUACUGGCUGGAGCAUUUGAGCCGGGACGAAAAGGUGGUGGAUGAGCUGCAGCAGCUCGGGUACGUGUCGGAACCACUGCUGGAGGAUUGAACGGAGUGUGUGUGUGUGUGUGUGGGCACAUUCGAAGGAGACUGUUUGGGAGGGUUUUUGUGUAGCGAUGAAAAGCGCCAACCGUACAGGGUCUUAGAUUUAUAAGCUGAGGAUAGCCGUUGCACGAUAAAAGGCGGGAAGUAGAUAGUGUGAUACAUAUAUUUUCAAAAAGAAAACAAAAAAAAUAAUUAGUUCAAUAUUCGCCAUACUUUUUAGAUGUAGGACAUAUACAUGACAUUGAAUCAAUAAAUAAAAAAAGAAGAACUUUGUUAGUUUCUAAAAAUGUA